GCAACAUACAACUUCUACAACUUUAUAGUUUCUAUUUUCUACCCUAGAAGACUUGCAAAUUACGUACCUUCCUCCUGAAGAAAUUGUAAAUUGCUCCUUUUCGUACUUUCAUCAUUCCGUAUUUCAUCUGAGAUUGUCAAAUGCAGUAAUCCAAAGGGCACAAGAACAAACAUGGAAGGAUUGUAUUCUGAGUUGGAGAAUUUUGUUCAGACAGAAAAUAUGUUGGAUAAUGACCAGUCGGUGGAGGUUGAGGACAGUGGGUCGGGGGGAAAUAGUGAAUUAGAUCCAGAGGUAUCACCAUUAAUUCCUGGGCUUCCUGAUGACAUUGCACUUUUCUGCUUGGCAAGGGUUCCUAGAAGGUAUCACGCGCUUCUCAAAUGUGUGUCAAGAAAAUGGAGAGACUUGGUUUGUGGUGAAGAGUGGUACUCCUACAGAAAGAAACAUCAUCUCCAGGAGAGUCGGAUUUAUGCCUUAGGUAGAGACAAGUCUGAACAGCUGUGCUGUUAUGUAUUGGACCCGACUCGCUUAAAAAGGGGAUGGAAGCCCAUUCUAGGACUUCCGCAUCGCUGCAUAAGGAGAAAAGGUGUGGGCUUUCAAGUGUUAGGGAAGAAACUAUUCCUAUUCGGUGGAUGUGGCUGGAUCGAAGAUGCUACUAAUGAAGUCUAUUGCUAUGAUGCUGCCAUGAAUAAGUGGAAUCAAGCUGCUUCCUUGGCGGUUCCAAGGUGCUACUGUGUGUCUGAAGUGUUUGAUGAAAAAAUCUUUGCAAUUGGGGGCAUAGGGCCUAAUUCCAGUAAUUUACCUUCCUGGGAGACUUACAACCCGGAAACAAUGAGUUGGACUUUGCGUGAAAAUUCCAACAUUUUUCCUGAUAUUGAAGAUUCCAUAGUCUUGGAUGGGAAAAUUUACAUUCGCGGUGUUUCUUCACCUCUAACACCUGCAGUGCCUGCAUUUUUCUUUGAACCUUCUAGCACCACAUGGCAGCCGGCAGCUUUUGACUUAGCGUCAGGUUGGCAUGGUCCAGCAGUCGUUGUAGGCGGAAUGCUUUAUGUGUUAGAUCAGUCUUCAGGUACCAGGUUGAUGAUGUGGCAAAAGGAUAUAAGGCAGUGGGUGGCAGUGGGGAGAUUGUCGCCCCUAUUGACAAAGCCUCCCUGUCGGCUGGUGGCCGUUGGGAAUGACAUCUUUAUUAUUGGGAAGGGGCUUAGCACUGUGGUAUUUAAUGUUGAAAAUGCAAGGAACAUGGAUGGGGUGUUGAUGAGCACUUCCAUUCCCAAGUCAAUAUCUGAUGAUGAUGUAAUAAGCUGUAAAGCAAUCACAAUUUAGGUCUAGGAAUAUUAAAUUGUAACAGCUUGCUGUGACUUGUUAUGUUCUUGGCUUAAUGGAUUUAAUACAUUGUACAAUUUUUGUCAGGUCGACUAGUAUCUCUUCAUACAAUG